UUGCGUCCCUCAAAAAGAAAACUGCACAUGCGUGAACUUUGGCUUGCUAGAAACACAAUCAUUGAAAUGCUCAAUGAAAGAGGAUACUCAUCUUCCAACAUGCCCUUGGAUUACGCCUCUUUUGUGUCCCAGUUUCCCAACGCAGAAAAUAAUCCCAGUACUCUCAAUUUUGUCUGUUCAAAGGACCAGCCCUUUGCUGUCCACUUUACAAGUGAAGAUAAGCUUUCAAAAAAGUCUCUUGAAACACUUACAAAUGAAUACGCAGCCCAGGGAAUAGCCAAUGUCAUUCUCAUAACCAGUGCCAAGCUUAAUCCAGCCUGCAAGGUUCUUAUGAAGAGCAUAAAACUUAAUCUAGAACACUUUCUUGUCGAGGAACUACAAUUUAAUAUAACCAAGCACCAUCUUGUUCCAAAGCAUAGAAUAAUGAGCGAGAGUGAACAGAAAGAGCUAUUAAAUAAGCUUAAAUGUGAAAUGUCUAAUCUUCCAACAAUUCUAACUACAGAUCCAGUGUGUAGAUUCUUUGGAGCCAAGGCAGGGGUUAUUUUUGAAAUAACAAGGAACAGUCAGACAGCAGGAACAGCAUUGUACUACAGGGUAGUGCGCGAGCCGGGGCCCAAAUGA